AUGCGUCCUCCAGCUCCUACCCAGCCCAACCAGGCUGCGUGCGAAGCAUUCAUCACUGAACGUAAGCGAAUUGUUGAUCAGAUCUCAGGCUGGGCCGAUCGGCUAAACCAAAAGGAGGCAGAUUCAAUCAUCUACGAUAUUAGGCAACUAAUAUCGAUUUUGAGAGAAUGGGAUGACCUACGUGGUGAGGAAACCGGCGAUUGCUAUCAUCAAAAGGUCCAGAAGAUUAUGGAUUCAUUGCAGUUUGUGUGGCAUCAGGUCGAUAAGUGGCUCGAGGCUGAGUGGCUCAAGGAAAGGGAGCUCACUCGCGAUUUCCCUGUCAGUUCUUUCUAUUUUAUUUCCCAGGUAUUCAACAUUGUCGGGUGGCAAGUCGGACGACUGACUCUGCGGGGUUAUGGUUAUAGUGAUACCUAUGCUAUCGACACUGCAAGGAGGCUCGAGGAAACAGAGUGGGGUUAUGUAACCUGGGGUAGAUGUCGAGGCCCCGCCAUGAUUCUGACGGAAGAAAAUGACCCCAAUGGUGAUAUCGCUAAGCUGUUGGUAUUCUGGAAUCGUAUCCAUAUCGAUUUUAUCGUUGGCUGUGCAUGCCUUCAGUGCCUGGGGGUCUAG